UUAAACCGUCCGAGUCUGGUUCAAUUAAUGCACUCCGAUCCAUAAAAUCAUCGAAACAAAACUGUACAAGCACGAAACAACCUUCUGCAAAACCCCCAUCACCAUGCUGGUUCUGCGGAGCAUGGCAUUUUGCGAAAUUCUGUCCGUUCAAGAAUCAUAAAUGCCGCAAAUGCCAUCGCAUUGGCCACAAAGACGGUCAUUGUUCGUCAAAUAAACGCAAGACUAAACAUCGUAGUGAAAAUUCAAAUCAACGAUCAAACAGUCAAAUUAAAACCACGUUUGCAACCUUUAAAGUUGGAUUUAAAAGCAGGCGGAAAUUUGUAAAUUUAUUAGUAAAUGAAAAAUUUAUACGGCUUCAGUUGGACACUGCUUCUGAUGUCACGUUGAUUUCAAAGAACACAUGGCACAAGUUAGGAUGCCCACGCAUCCGACCGACGAAUCAUCCUCUCUGGAUAUUAAUGAAUUAAAUGCUCCUGAUGAAACAUAUUCUUAUGAUCUUUCUGAAUCAAACAAUUCAAAUGUUAUGUGUUCUCACCAUGUCAAAUCUAAUACCGCCGAUUUAUUACCUUCUCAUAAAAUUUCCAAAUCGAAGACUUCAGACAAAGUAUGCGCUGGUGAAACUUCGGAGUCUCAUGUACUUCGUUCUAAUGUUAUGUCUACAUCAAAGUCUUCUGUUUCCUCUCAAUUGUCGUCCGUAUCUUACAUAAAUCAUCUUCGACAAAAGCAUGCAUGUGUAUUUCAAAACAAACUGGGUUGUUGUAAAUUCACCAAAGUAUCUUUAUCACUAAAGGAAAAUGCAAAACCCAUUUUCAGACCGAAACGACCAGUGCCUUAUGCUGCUCUGUCAGUCGUUGACCAAGAAUUGGACAGGUUAGAAGCACUAGGUGUCAUUGAGCCAGUAAAUUAUUCAUCGUGGGCUGCUCCCAUAGUGGUCGUGAGAAAAGCAAACGGAACUGUUCGCAUUUGUGCUGAUUUUUCCACUGGUCUGAAUAAUGCUCUAGAAGAUCACACAUAUCCACUUCCCAUACAGGAAGAUUUAUUCAUCAAACUAAAAGAAGAAAAGUGUACAUUCUUCAUGAACUCGGUGAAAUAUCUUGGUUUUGUUUUCGACAAAAAUGGACGACGCCCAGAUCCGGAAAAUGUACGAGCUAUCCAAAAUAUGCCUCCUCCAUCUAAUGUAGCAACUCUGCGUUCCUUCCUUGGUCUUAUCAGUUAUUACAGUAAUUUCUUGCCACAACUGCAUCGCCUCCGAGCACCUAUGAAUCAAUUAUUAUCCAGUAAUGUAAAAUGGAAUUGGUCCACUAAGUGUCAAAAAUGUUUUGAUGAAGUAAAGUCAUUAUUAACGUCGGAUCUACUUCUUACAUAUUUUGAUCCCUCGCUGGAAAUUGUUGUUGCUGCAGAUGCUUCUGACUAUGGUAUCGGUGCCGUCAUAUCCCAUAAGUUUCCAGAUGGCAAAGAGAAGGCUAUCGCACAUGCUUCCAGAACAUUGACUUCAGCAGAACGCAAGUACAGUCAAAUUGAGAAAGAAGGAUUGGCAUUAAUUUUCGCAGUAAAAAAGUUUCACAAGAUGCUGCAUGGCAGAAAAUUUACCUUAAUCACUGAUCAUAAACCCCUAUUAUCAAUUUUCGGAUCUAAGAAAGGUAUACCAGUUUAUACCGCAAACCGCCUCCAACGAUGGGCUACAAUGCUAUUGGGUUAUGAUUUCGUUAUCAAAUACAAAUCUACCUCUGAUUUUGGCCAUGCUGAUGCAUUAUCGCGCUUAAUAAGCAAUCAUAAGCUUGAAAACGAAGAUACUGUUAUCGCUUCUAUAUCAGUGGAAGAAGAUGUAAGCAGAAUGUUGUUUAAUUCAACACAAAUUCUUCCAGUGACAGCUGCUCGAAUCGCUGAACACACUCGCCGCGAUCCUAUCUUAAGACGAUUAUCUACAUUUAUCCAGCGUGGUUGGCCCCCACGUAUAACAUCUCAUGAACUGAAACAGUAUUAUCAACGACGUCAAUCUUUAUCCAUCGUAAAUGACUGUAUUAUGGUUGCUGAUCGCGUAGUGGUUCCGUAUAACUUACGCUCACUCGUCCUGAAACAACUGCAUACAGCCCAUCCAGGUACUGGAAGAAUGAAAGCUAUUGCUCGAAGUUAUGUAUAUUGGCCUAAUAUCGAUGAACACAUCGAAGAUUUCGUGCGUGCGUGCAGAAAAUGUGCUGAGGUUUCUAAGUGUCCACGAAAAGCUGAACUACAUUCCUGGCCAUCUCCAGAAGAACCUUGGUCACGUAUACAUGUUGAUUUUGCUGGCCCAUUCCAGGGUACGUACUUCCUCGUUUGUGUUGAUGCUUAUUCAAAAUGGCCGGAGAUUUUUCCUAUAAAUCAAAUCACUUCGCAACAGACUAUCAGGAAGCUACGGCAGUUAUUCUCCCGUUUUGGAGUUCCAGAUGUUCUCGUGACAGAUAACGGCACUCAGUUUAUUUCUGUCAUCUUCUCAGAUUUCUGCAAGAGGUUUGGAGUCAAACAUGUCCGUUCACCUCCGUACCAUCCACAAUCGAAUGGUCAGGCCGAAAGGUUUGUAGAUACCUUCAAAAGAGCGCUACUGAAGGCAAAAGGGGAGGGAAAGAUAGAGGAGAUUCUUGAUGACUUUCUCUUGGUCUAUAGAACAACUUCAAACCCAUCAACACCAAAUCAAAUGUCCCCAGCAGAAAUAAUGUUUGGUCGAAAAGUAAGAACUGCUCUCGAUGCCAUAAAACCACAGAAAAUAGACAUCGGAAAAAGAAACAGAAAGAUGGAAAGCCAGUUUGAUCGCCAUCAUGGGGCGAAACGUAGAAUUUUCCAAAAAAAUCAAAAAGUAUACGUCCGUGAUUUCCGAUAUUCACCUCCACAAUGGACCAGUGGACGCAUACUUAAGAGACAAGGGAACGUAAUGUAUGUGGUGGAAGUUGAAGGACAGAAGUGGACACGCCAUGUCAACCACAUACUGGAAAAUGCUGGCACUUCACAGAAAACCGAGAAAUUAGACUCAAUGUGGAGAAUCAUUCUGGACAGUUUCGACAUAAAAUGCUCAGCAACUCAGAAGACUGCGCAACAUGAACAAAGUCCUAUUAGAAAAGCAUCACGGAAACGCAGAAGACCAGAUAUUCUACAGGUAGACCCAAAGAGGAGAACAUACGUUUCCGAAGGAAGAUAUCAAUGAUGAUAUCUCAGCACUUACCUGUGUAGAGUAACUAACCAUAUUUUUUUUUCUUUUUUUUUUUUUAAGGGGGAAGGUGUUAUGAACGGGGAAUUAAGAAGCCCAGACAAUCACGAAAGCUAUUUUCUUGGGACGUUAUUGCAUUUCAUUCAAACCCUGUAAAACACUUAUAUUUAUUUUUGUCCCUAUCUUAUUCUACAUAACACGAGCUUUCGUUCUAUGUAUCAUUCACUAGCAUACUCUUUUUGGUUCCGAAAAUAUUGUAAUUUAAAGAUAAUAUUUUGCACUGUAUUUUCUACUCUAAUUCCCUGUUUCGGGCAUAACUGUAUUUUUCCAAAUUAUUGUACGUCGUAGUCAAGAUAUUCACUUAUUUAUUCAUGUACAUUUUUGUAUUAAUCCGAAUUCAGAGAAUCCAGAGUUCAGUGUUCCACCUGUCUUGUCUUCUCUCGCUUGCGUGCUUGCCAACCAAUCAGGUUCUAGAAUAGUUAUCUCUCUACCCCAUCCCGAACUCACGCGUGAUAGAUUUCAAGGUUAAGCCGCUCACCCUAUCGCGUCAAGGUCAUAGUUUAGCCUACACAGAUCAAGGUCGAGUCAUAACAAGUAUCAACGGGGUAAAAGCGAUUCAAGGUCAUAACAAAUUUUAGGAAAUUUCACAGGUUGAAAUCAUGAGUCAAUUGAAGCUAGACCACCAUGGAAAACCUGAAAGCACUGGAUGGCCGUUUCGUCCUAGUAUGAGACUCACAUUUUAUUUACCAUGGCAAGGAUUAAAGAUCAAGUGAUCUCUGUUAAACAUAGUAAUUUUUAGUUCUAAGAAGAUUCAAUUACUGGUUAAAUUUAUUAACGGAAGGUAUUACAUGUUUUAUUAAAGAAUUCUAGUAUCUGAUGUGAAAAAAUGACAAUUCUC